AUGAAACCGCUAUUCAUAUCAUAUCUAUCUAUCUAUCUAUCUAUCUAUCUAUCUAUCUAUCUAUCUAUCUAUGUACCUAUCUAUCCAGUUUGUGGAUAUGAUAUAUAUAUAUAUCAAUCAUCUUAUCUUUUUAUCUAUUCCAAUGUAUUCAUUCCUAUAUAUCUAUGUAUCUCAAUCGACUUCUUUCUUUUUCUUUCUUUGUGUCUUUUCUGUCUUUUCUAUCUAUCUAUCUAUCUAUCUAUCUAUCUAUCUAUCUAUCUAUCUAUCUAUCACAGUCUGUUCAUUAUCUAUCUAUCUAUCUAUCUAUCUAUCUAUCUAUCUAAAUUAACUGAGUGGCUGCGUGUUCACGUGUAUCGACGUGGCGGAGCCUGCGCGCAUGCGCACGCGUGCUUUCGUUUAUCAGCCUUGUAUCUAUCUUUCCUUAGUCUAUUCAUAUCUAUCUAUCUAUCUAUCUAUCUAUCUAUCUAUCUAUCUAUCUAUCUAUCUAUCUAUCUUAAUCUAUUCAUAUCUAUCUAUCUAUCUAUCUAUCUAUCUAUCUUAUCUAUCCAUAUCUAUCUAUCUAUCUAUCUAUCUAUCUAUCUAUCUAUCUAUCUAUCUAUCUAUCUAUCUAUCUUAAUCUAUUCAUUAUGUAUCUAUCUAUCUAUCUAUCUUAGUCUAUUCAUAUCUAUCUAUCUAUCUAUCUAUCUAUCUAUCUAUCUAUCUAUCUUAGUCUAUUCAUACCUAUCUAUCUAUCUAUCUAUCUCUCUAUCUAUCUAUCUAUCUAUCUAUCUCAGACUGUUCUUAUAUAUGUAUGUAUAUAUGUAUGUAUGA